ACAGUAUAAUCUGCCUGAGUGUGUGACACCCAUGUUUCUCUACAUGCUAAUCUUCAUGGCGUAUCAUAGCAGCAGAUGGAUAACGAGGAAUCAGAGGCUAAAAUUUCAAAUAGUGAAUGCAGUGUUCACAGCACUUGUCCUGGUCCCUCAGUUCUACGUCAUGGGAAGGCCCAAAUCCUCAAGAUACUGUAGGCAGCCUCUUCUGAACAACCUGUCAGCCUCAAUUGCCUUGUCCUUCAUAGCUUCAGGGUUUUCAGUGAUAUUCACAUUUAUAGACCCAGUUCCUCAGAGCUUGUGGGCGUCCUAUCAUGUGUUUGGGCUGCUGACAUGUGGACAAGGACUAUGCACGACCAUCCUGACUCUGACAGCAGCAGCAUGUGUUUCUUCAUGGUGA